AUGGAGAGGCAUAAAUGCAGGCUCUGCAUUAGAACUUUUCCCAAUGGCAGAGCUUUAGGUGGUCACAUGAAGGCCCACUUGGCAGCAACUCGGCAGCAACCCGGCCUUGAUCGUAAUGAGUCAUCCUUGUCCUCAUAUUCUUCUUCUGCUGGUGAAGAAGAAGUACAAGAAGAGCAAGAAACCGUCAAGAACAGAGAAGUUUUUGAAGAGAAGUCUCUGGCUUAUGGAUUGAGAGAGAAUCCCAAGAAAAGUUUCAGGCUUGCAGAUCCUGAGUUCUCUUUUGCUGCUGAUACUGGGUCUGUUGUUGUACAAGAUAGGGAGAGUGAGACCGAGUCAAGAAACCCAACUCGAAGACGAUCCAAGAGGAUCCGUAAAUCAUGUGGUUUUGGAGAAAAUCAGAAGCAGGAUUUUGAUGUCAAGAAAGUAGUGAACUUUAAGAAUCCGAGCUGGGUCGAGUCAUCAUCACCAGCUGAGCCAGAACCGGUUAGUUCUGUUUCCGAUACCUCCCCUGAAGAAGAUGUUGCUAGGUGCCUUAUGAUGCUGUCAAGAGACGUUUGGAUGAGAAAUAAUGAAGAAGAAGAUCAAGAACAAGGGGUGAAAGAUGGAGAAAAGUCAGUUGACAUGUUGGUGGAAGGAGAGGAGAUCAAAGUCAACAAGAUUCGCGGGAAGUUUAGGUGUGAGAAAUGCAUGAAACUGUUUCGAUCUUCAAGGGCACUGAGUGGUCAUAAGAGGAUUUGCUCGUUAAAUGCAACAGAAGUAAGAAACAUUGCUGGUGGUGCUGAUGCUAAUGAGAGAAUUUUUGAGUGCCCAUAUUGCUUCAAAGUGUUUGGUUCUGGACAAGCACUAGGUGGACAUAAAAGAUCACAUCUAAUAGGUUCUUCAACUAGUACUAAUAUUGCUGCUGAAGUAUCGACUAAACUUGAGAACAGUUUGAUAGAUCUUAACUUGCCUGCUCCAGUGGAAGAUGAUGAAUUCAGUGUGGUGUCUGAUGCAUAA